AUGUCCAGUGAGCGGAGCUCUUGGAGCAGCCUGACGACACUGCAGAAGGUGGCGCUGGCCCUCGGGAUUCCAGCCAGCGGCGCCAUCCUCUACAUCCUCUACCGCCGUUACAGGGAGAGCCAAGAAGAACGGCUGACGUUUGUGGGCGAAGAGGAGAUCGAAAUAGAGAUGAAGGUGCCAAAGGAUGCAGUCAGACUGCUGAUUGGUCGCCACGGAGCCAACAUCAAGCAGCUGAGAAAAGACACCCGCGCCCGCAUUGACGUAGAUGUGGAGGAGUCCAGCGAGCACCAGCUGAUCCGGAUCUGCGGUUCCCCUGUCCAAGUGUGCAAGGCCAAAGCCGCCAUCCACCAGAUCCUGGCGGAGAACUUGCCAGUGGAAGAGAAGAUGCACGUGCCCCAGCAAGCCGUCGGGCGGAUCAUUGGCAGAGGCGGAGAGACGGUGCGGUCCAUCUGCCGUACUACCGGGGCCAAGAUGAACUGCGACCGGCAAGGGGACGGAGCCUUCUCGCUCACCCGGCUUAUCACGAUCUCCGGAACCCGCAAGGAGGUGAAAGCUGCCAAGGAACUGAUCACGGAGAAGCUUUCAGAAGACGACGCUUUCCACAAGAAGCUGGCCCAGUCGGCCGCGUGUCGGCCUUUGCGCAAGCAGCCUCUCGGCGUGAGGAAGGAGGAAGGGGCCGGGGAUCGAGGAGGCCCCCCUUUGCCCUCUUACCCCUCCCAAGAGGAACAGGACGCCGAGAAGAGCCGGGCGGAGCGUUCUCUGGAUGAGCCGCAGGAGCUGAGGAGCGAAGACAAUUCCCCCGAGGAGUCGUUGUCGGGGGCAUCUUGGCCGAGCUCUGCAUUUGAAGUCCCCAGCCCAGACUUCAGCUUCCAUGCCAACGAGCACCUGGAGGUCUACGUCUCGGCUUCCGAGAACCCGAACCACUUCUGGGUCCAGAUCAUCGGCUCCCGCAGCUUCCAGCUGGACAAGCUCAUUCAGGAAAUGACACAGUACUACGGAAGCGGCGGCUGCGGGCUUCGCACUGUGCGCACAGACGACAUUGUGGCCGCCCCGUACCAGAACGACAGCGCCUGGUACAGAGCCCGAGUCCUGGGCACUUUGGAGGACGGAAACCUGGAUCUCUACUACGUGGACUUUGGAGACAACGGGGAGGCUCCCUUAGAGAGGCUGCAGGUGUUACGGAGUGACUUCCUGAGCCUGCCCUUUCAAGCAACGGAGUGCAGCCUUGCUGGCAUCGCUCCAGCUGGAGAGCAGUGGGAAGAAGCAGCGCUGGAUGAAUUCGACCGCCUCACCCACUGCGCCAAAUGGCAGCCCGUCGUGGCAAAGAUCUCCAGCUACAUCCCUUCCGGGAGCAGCACUUGGCCGCACGUCCAGCUGUACAAUGUCUCAGGCAAACAGAACAUCGAUAUCGGCGAGGAGCUGGUGCGCUUGGGCUAUGCUGUGCGGUGCCCGCAGGAGGGAGGUGCGGCCGGAGGAGAUGGACCCCACCAGGCCGGACAGGGGACAGUGUCCAGUAGCUUCCCGCAAACUCAGGGAAAUGCCCUUGAGACAUCUCUAGAGAGUCUUCUCUCCGAUACCCAGAAGACCCCCGACGAGAUGCUGACGACCCUCUCCUGCAUCAGCCUUUCAGAAAUCCCACUGCUCCAGCUGGCCGUCACAACCCACUGCCUGCGCAAGGCGGGCUUUGCUAACGCAGAGACCUUUGGCUCAUCAGAUGACCCUGUCGAGCAACUCCGGAGUGACACGGAACCACCCCAUCCGGCGUCUUCCCCAGGAGCCCCGCUUGGGCCCUUGCGGAUGGCCAGCGUCGUCUCCUGUUCUUCCGAGGACCCCUCCUGCCCCGCUUGCCGGGGAACGGGGGGCUGCAGACGGUUUCUGCCCGAGGGCACCGUGGGGCAGACGAAGGUCGCCGCAAAGGCCGUGUCUCCCCUGUCCGCCUCGGCGUUUGCCGCCGAAGCCAACCAGACAUCCAGUCCCAUCGUCGCUCUCGCCCCUCCCGAGGAGAGCACGUCGCCGUCGAGCGAAGGCUCCUCCAAACUGACUCCGUCCCUCAGCCUGCCCGACAGCAGCACUUACUCUCCCCGGGGCUGCUUCUACUACCUCUCCACCUCCGAGUUCCUGUCGGAUGCAUCCCACUUCUGCAAAGGAUCACCCUCUUUGGACGAGGUCCACCUGGAUGAGUCGCCUUCCCCCAGGCCUCUCGGCGACACGUAUAUCGUCAGCUCCGCGUCCGGCAGUAGCGGGAAGGAAGGUCUUAAAAACAUAACACUGAUUCCGCCGAAUCACCCCAGGUGGCUCAUUGCUCCCCUUACACUGAAAGCCUGUAAAAUGCAAAGAAUGCCAUUAUCCCAGUGCGAUGAUGGGGUGGAAACCAUAAAGCAGCAGAUGACGAACAAGGAGAAUGAGAUUGAGGGUUUUCUGACUCGGCACUCUAAAAGCAAGCAGCAGAGGCAGCAGCCUCAGUAG